GUCAGUAUCGCCGCUGUGGUCCGCCAGCCAGACGUGAGGGUAGUCGACAGUCAUGGCGAUUUCCUGGGUCUGUUUUCCUUUGGGUCUUUGCCUCCUGCUAGCGACUGCCGCCGUUGUUCUUCCAGCUUCUGUCCAGGCGUUUGCAUCCCGUGAUGAGAAAGCAGCUGUUCCGAAGAUAUAUCCGGUCUUCCCGGAGGAGAGGUACAUUGAAGAGGAGGACGUCCUCUUGACUCGAUGGCAGGAGGCUGCUCUGCUCUCGCAAGGAGAGUCGAGGAAGGCCAGUGCGGAUCUGGCAGUGUAUUGGCCCGACAGCGGCGGGUUUCCCCGCAUCCGUUAUUCCUUCACGGAUGGUUACGUUAACCGCGAGGCUGUGUGGGAAGCCAUAGCCCACUGGGAAGAGCAUACAUGCCUGGUAUUCGAAGAAGUCCCUACCAGCUACAGUGGUGCUCACCUGGCAUUUGAAAGGAAUUCUGAGAACUGCAGUUCAUACGUUGGCAUGACUGGUUCUUCGGCACAGCCUGUUUACCUCACAGAUCUUUGCGAGGAAAAAUUUGGCGAGCUUGUUAUAGAGAUUGGCCAUGCCAUUGGCAUGUGGCAUGAAGAGUCAAGGUCAGACAGGGAUACCUACGUUCACAUAAACACUGACAACGCCCUUCCAGAGAAGCUGAGCAAUUUCUUCACCGAGUCCGACAAUAAUUAUGGCGUUCCAUAUGAUUACAGUUCCAUCAUGCACAACCAUGGCAGGGUCUUCACUCUGAACGGGCACAUGACAAUUGCAACUCUGAACCCUUUGUACCAAGGACUUCUGGGGCAACAGAAUGGCCUAUCCCACAUGGACAAGCUUCUUGCUAACCAAAUGUACGGAUGUUCUGCCAAGCUCAUUGCCUCCUCGCAAUGUUCCAGCGACACUUGCCAGAACAAUGGCUAUCUCUCCACAACCUGCACCUGCGUAUGCCCAGACGGCACAUCUGGUACCAACUGCGAGACGGUGACUACACCUUACAAUGAUGCCAUUUUAUCACCCUACACGGAACUCAUAAACACAGAAGGUACCAUUACUUCACCAAAUCACCCAAGCCACUAUCCAUCAGGACUGAAAUUCACCAAAUGGAUCGUAGCCCCAGAUUGCAAUAAUGUUGUGGCCACCUUUACAGCUUUUGACAUCUACUGGAGAACUAACCAUUACAUACGAGAGUCAGAAACGGCAAGUAUGUGCUGGUAUGAUGGCUUAGAAAUUCGAACUGAUGACAUGCUUGAUGGCACAUGGUAUUGCGGACAGGAAAUAUCCAGUGGCGACACCUUCACUUCCACAGGUAAUCAAAUGGUCAUCUACUUCAAGGCAGCAACAACGGCUUUUAAGACAGGAUGGUCGGCAGAUAUCACCUUCGUUGAGGACCCAAGAUGCACCAGCACAACAUCUUCGACAACAACGCCAGGCACGUCAACUUCGACAACAGCUUCUACAACAUCCACUUCAACAACUUCAACACCUACUUCCACAACAUCUACAACUUCAACCUCCACAACAUCUUCAACAACACCCACAACAACUUCAACAUCAACUUCCACAACUCCCACUACCACUUCAACUUCUACAACUUCCACAACUCCAACUACAACUUCAAGCUCUUCGACCUCUACAACUCCAACUACAACUUCAUCACCUACUUCCACAACGUCUACAACUUCAACCUCCACAACAACUUCAACAACGCCCACAACAACUUCAACAUCAACUUCUACAACUCCUACUACCACUUCCAUUUCUACAACUUCCUACAACUUCCACAACCCCAACUACAACUCACAACCUCUACUAACACUCCACUAA